AUGAGUAGUACUAAGCCCGCUGCCGAGGUUAAAGAAGGUUUACCUUUUAAUACCCUAAGAUUUUUACCUAAAAGUGGACAAGAGAAAAAGGGUUCCGCUAUCAUAGUUUUGCAAGAAUGGUGGGGCAUCAAUGAACAAAUAAAGAUUCACGCUCAAAAGAUUGCCGAUAAUACAAAUACUUUAGCCGUUGUUCCUGAUCUUUAUAAAGGUAAACUUGGCUUAACUCAAGAGGAAGCAAGUCAUUUGAUGUCCAAUUUGGAUUGGAAGGAAUCGUUAGUAGAAUUAGAGGUUCUUGUUGAUUCAUUGAGAAAAGAAAAUCGAGAAAAAAUUGGUUCCAUUGGAUUUUGCAUGGGAGGGGCCAUGAGCCUUGCUCUUGCAUCACAAUUGGCGGCAAAAAAACCUUUAAGCGCUGUUGUUACUUGCUAUGGUGUUCCAUCACCAACGAUUUGUGACGUAUCUGUUAUUGCUUUAAAAUCUCCUGUGCAGGGACAUUUCGGAAGCGAAGAUAAACAUGCCGGAUUCAGCGAUCAAAAUGCUGCCAAGUCGCUUGAAAGAAAUCUUGAAGAAGGAAUAGAAAGAAUGGAUGCAGCAGGAAAAGAAAUUACAAUCUAUAGAUAUGAUGGAGAAGAUCAUGGAUUUUUAAAUAAUGAAGAACGUGCGUUGAAGAUGCGUAAAGAACAAGGUUUUCUUGAUGUUAAUGUUAAAAGUCAAGAGUUGGCAUGGAAUAGAAUUUUUGA